AUUAAAUUAAUUGGCAUAUACACACAAUAAAAUUAGUUCAUAACAAUGAACCAAUACACCGAAAUGUCAUUAAAAUAACUUUGUGUACAAUAAAGACAUCCGAAAAUGAUGGAAAUUCCGAUACAAGUAGCCGUGCGUAUCUACCCCUGUUUACAACCGGCUGCAACAAUACCUAUAGAAGCACCACCACCAUCAGCUGGAAAUGUUGUACAUACGAAAUCAAAUACAGGAUCAGAUGAACAUCUCCAAUUAGCAACGCAAAAAGAUGAUAAUGGAAAUUUCAAUUCAAAUACAGUCCGCGAAAAGACAGAGACGCUCGCACAAGAUGAGUCGUCUGCCACCGAAAAUAUAUUCUGUGUGCAGGCCAUUCCAAUGGCCGCACCAGGUUUUCUAAAUACGGCACCAACAGCUCUGCCUGGACAAUUAGACAAUGGCAUAGCUGCCGGUCUAAUGCAGGUGGGACCCCAUUCAUUCCCAGUAACUCAUGCGCUCCCAAUGGACUGCACACAAAGUCAAAUUUACCAUCAAACUGUAUUUCCACUGAUUAGUUUGUUUAUGGAGGGUUUCGAUGCUUCAGUGGUAACUUAUGGUCAAAGAGGAACUGGUAAGACAUACACUCUCUACGGGCCUAAUUUGGACUGUGUAUACAGUGAUGCCGGACAAGGUGUGGUGCAGAGAUGUGUGCGGGAAAUUUUCGCACAUAUGGAAAAUCAUCCAGAACGUACUUAUGCUAUUAAUAUUGGCUGGGUUGAAAUAAUCGACGAUGUUAUACACGAUCUCUUGGGCGUGGGAAAUAUACAUUGUGAUAGUAUCACUGAUGUUUUUCACUGGCUACAAUUGGGUUUAACUGCUAAACAGCGGCCAACAAAUCAAUCAGAUGAUGCGCCAAUUACGCAUACACUUUUUACGCUCACGCUUGAACAACAAUGGGUUUCAAAAGAAGGUCUCAUUCAACAUCGCCUUUCUACGGCUAGUUUUUCUGAUUUAUGCGGCACGGAUCGAAUUUUCAUGUUGAACGCACUGGAUCAACCCACUAGCUUGCCCAAGGAUGCAGGUCUUCAAACUUUGGAGCAAGUGGUAAACACCCUCACUGAUCCGGCACUUAUGUAUGGGGCCAAUGGGAAUAUACCAUAUAAUCAAACGACAUUGACCACACUUUUGAAAGAUUCCUUCGGCGGGCGGGCGCAAACGCUGCUAAUUUUGUGCGUUUCCCCAUUAGAACGAGAUUGCAAUGAAACUAUUUGUAAUUUGCAAUUUGCUUUCAAAGUGCAAUGUGUGCGAAACUAUGUAAUUAUGAAUACGUUUUCUGAUGAUAACACACCCAUAUCGCCAGAGACAGUAAUGCCUGAACUACCUGGAGCCAGUGUACGUGGCGUGCCAGUGGGAGCGGACACAUUUGGAUUACAGUUUGCAGCAAGUCAGUGGUACAAAUUGGUGUCGAAUGCCGAAGGUCUCUUCUCCAAAUUAGCUACCUCCAACGCUGUCACUGAAUUGGAUAAAGAACAAAUUGAAGAAUGGCUUUUUCUCAAGCAGGAAUGCGAGGAAUGUUUAAGCUCUGCGGAAGCUAUACGUUCACAAAAGCAAUUGGUCCCUAUACAGGAAGCAGAUGAGCCGGAGGAGGCAAUGAGCGAACCAGAAACCUCACUGCAACAAAAUUCGGACAAUGAAUCGGACUGUGAAUCUCAACGCCCUGAUUUGAUGGAGAAAUUAGAGGCGCUUAUGGAGGAAUUGCGCCUAAAGACAGAUACAUUAAUAGAGGACAAAUAUAAAGAAUUUAUACAAAACCAACCCAAAGCGGUUAUGGAGAGUCAAGAGAGUGCAAGACAUAAAGAGUCAGCAAAUAGCAUGGAAUUGGUGCUGAGCGAGCAACGUGCACCGAAUGAAAAGUUAGACGAACGUAAGGCAUCCAUUGGUGGACGGCGGCGGUCAAUACAGCCUGGCGCCAGUCUCUCAAGUGCUGAGAUUGCGAUGCUCAAUCGCGUGGCUUCACGUGAACAAGCAGUACCUAAAGUAGCCGAUAAUUUCCUCGAGGGCUCAGGUGACCUGCAAAAUGCCUCACAGUUGCGUGCUGCAAUCAAUUCGCCCUUAGAGAAUAUACAGAAGAAAUUGCGCAAAUUAGAUACAGAUAUCGAAGCACGGCAAAAUCAAAUUCAGGAAGUAGAACAAACCAUGCAGUUGAAGCAGAAUAUUAUAACCGAACUUGUCAAAAACAGUGACACCCGUUCGACCGCCAAGCAGCGAUUUCAUAAGAAAAAGUCUAAACUAGAGUCCGAGUAUGAGAAGACUAAAAAACAAUUGGCCAAAGCAAUAGUGCAGGGAAAGGACAAAUCUGAAGUGGAACGUUUGCGGUCUUUAAUUGCUCACAUAGAACAUCGCUUGCAAGACCUCGCUUCGAUGAAGCACAUCGCCGGCGAAAGUGGACAAAAGGUGAAGAAAUUGCAACAGUCGAUACAUGAAUCCAAAAAACUCAUCGACGAUCUACAAAAGAAACUUAAGAAAGAUCGUAAGCAACGCGAACAAUUAGAGCACGAAUUGAAAGCGCUCAAAGAGAAGGAAAAUAAUGGUAACGGCAACAGCAAAGCACUGGUGAAGUUAGACUCGCACGCACCGCACGGUGGUUCCAACAGCGUCGAAGAUGUGGAACGCGGCAAAAACCUUAAAGAAGUACAAGCCCGCAUAUCGCAUUUGGAUCAUGUGUUGCGCGAGAAAUCGGAGAAUCUGGAGCAAUAUGGCGAUAACGCCGAGGGCGCUGGCGAGAAAGAGGGACUGCGACAUGAGAUACGCAAUCUACGACGCACACGCGAUCACUUACUCGAGCAACGCUGCACGCUCGAUCGCAAGCUAAAGCGCGACAAAAUGCUCUCGCAUCGUGAAGAGCGUAAGCUACUCGAAUGCGAUGAGGCCAUUGAAGCCAUCGACGCGGCUAUUGAAUUCAAAAACGAACUCAUCUGCGGACACAAAUCGAUUGAUACCAGCGAACGACUACAGCGUGAGAAGGGCGAGCAAAUGCUGAUGGCACGCCUCAACAAACUCUCGCCGGAGGAAAUGCGCACGUUGCUGUACAAGUAUUUCACUAAGGUGAUUGAUUUGCGCGACUCAUCGCGCAAACUUGAAGUACAGUUAAUGCAGCUAGAACGAGAACGCGAUGCUUGGGAGUGGAAGGAGCGCGUGCUGUCGAAUGCAGUGAGACAGGCGCGUCUCGAAGGGGAACGUAAUGCUGUGCUAUUGCAGCGGCAACAUGAAAUGAAGCUCACGCUGAUGUUGCGCCAUCUCGCCGAAGAGACAUCAGCAUCGGCUAGUUCGACAAGUUUCAACGACGCACAACACCAUCAGCAGCAGCAGCAGCAACAUCAACGUUACUUGCGACCCACAAACCUGGCGCUGACACAUCAACAACAACAACUGCAUGCGGCUGGCGGUGCCAUUAACACUUCAUCACAGUAUUCCGACACCGAUCUCGAUUUAGACUUUUACAAGAAUACCACCAUACCGGUGAGUGGUAAAAUUUUGAAGCCGCCCAAGCAUGGCGAAAUGGAAAUUUGUCCACUGCCCGAUGCACUGGCCAAAUACAAACCAUUGGAUAAGUUCAAAGAGAAGGAGCGGGAGUCAAAGAAUAAACUAUUUGCCAAAUUUCAAGUGCUCACACGCUAUGCCGGCCAGUCUGUAACUGCUGCAGCGUCUAAUUGCGCUGCGGCCGAGCAGGUCGGCGGUAGUAGCCGCAAGAAGGACAAGGAGCAGUUGGCGGCGGCCAUACCACAAGAGAACCUAAAACGCUUAAUAUCAACACCACCCGCCACGAAAGUGACGCGUCAAAAGAAUAAAAUUAUCAUACAGGAUGCAACACGUAAGAAUUAAUCGAUGAAUGGGCGAAGAAGAAGUAAGAAUUUAUAGCACGUCAUUUACUUGAAUACAUUUUUUAUUCAGUUGCACAUGAUUUUCGAAGGAUAGAGUAGAGUAAAGAGGAUAAGAUAGUGUCAAAUAUAAUAAUAUGCAGGUUGGAAGAGAAAAAUUACUGAGAAUUUUAGUUUUUUAUUUUUUUAGUUUUUGUUGAAA